AUGCGGCAAGAUUGCGUUCAUGUCUCGGCAUGAAUCCUGCGUUGAAGAGCCUCUUCUCCACCAACCCAAAUAACAAAAACUUCAAAUUCUACGUGGAAAAAUGCAAUCAUCUAUUGAAAAGCAUCUCGAGCAAAGGCUCAGUCAGGGAAGGAACCCUACUCCAUGGCCAUCUACUCAAGAUGGGCAUCUCUUCAGAGAGAUACGUAGCUGUCAAACUAUUGAUCAUGUAUCUUAAUUUCAGGAAACCAGCUGAAGCGAAUGAGAUUGUGAAGAAGUUCAAUGGGUUUGAUGCCGUUGUUCAUAAUUGUAUGAUAGAUGCUAAUAUCCGGUGGGGUAAUAUAGAGGAAGCUCGUAGACUGUUCGAUGAAAUGCCUGAAAGAAAUGAGGUGUCCUGGACAGCUUUGAUUUCGGGUUUUAUGAAACAUGGGAGAGUGGAGGAAUCAAUGUGGUACUUUGAAAGGAACCCAUUUCAGAGUGUGGUUUCUUGGACUGCUGCGAUAAGUGGGUUGGUGCAGAACAGGUCUAGCUUUGAAGCACUGAAAGUUUUCCUGAGACUGCUUGAAUCUGAAACCAAGCCUAAUGAAGUUACUUUCACGUCUGUGGUAAAAGCUUCUUUAGAGUUGGGUAAUUUUCGGUUUGGAAUGAGUAUUAUAGGGUUGAUUGUUAAAUUUGGUUUUGAGAAUUAUUUAUCAGUUUCUAAUUCUUUGAUUACGUUGUGCUUGAGGAUGGGUGAAAUUGAUUUGGCAAGAAGAAUAUUUGAUAGAAUGGAACAGAGAGAUGUUGUUUCUUGGACUGCAAUUCUAGAUAUGUACGUAGAGAUGGGAGAUUUAGGAGAAGCCCAGAGAAUCUUCGAUGAAAUGCCAGAGAGAAAUGUAGUAUCUUGGUGUGCAAUUAUAGCUAGAUACAGUCAGAAAGGAUAUCCUAAAGAGGCAUUGAAGCUCUUUCGUCGAAUGUUUGAAGAAGGGUUUAAGCCAAACGUCUCUUGUUUAUCCAGCGUUCUUAGUGCGUUAGCUACCCUUGAGAACUUGCGAGCAGGGCAGAACAUCCAUGCACAAAUUCUUAAAACUGGGAUUGAUGGAGAUAUCUUCAUUGAUAGCUCUCUCAUAGACUUUUACUGUAAAUGCAGAGAAACGAAAGAUGGAAGAAUGGUUUUUGAUUCAAUUACAGAGAAGACUGUGGUUUCAUGGAAUUGUAUGGUUGGAGGGUAUAGCUUGAACGGCCAAAUGGAAGAAGGUAGAGACUUGUUUGACAAAAUGCCUUGUAGAGAUAAUGUCACUUGGAGUGCCAUUAUUGCUGGCUAUGUAGAAAACAAGGAGUUUGAUAAAGUUUUUGAACUAUUCAAUGAGAUGCUAUUGUCAGGGGAAACUCCAAACUCUUCCACCUUCUCGAGUCUGCUUUGUGCUUGUGCUAGCAUGGCCUCAUUAGAGAACGGCAGGAACCUGCAUGGGAAGUUGAUAAAGGUUGGGGUUCAAUAUGAUGUUUUCUUGGGUACUGCCUUGAUUGAUAUGUAUGCUAAAUCUGGAGAUAUUGAGAACUCUAAGCUGGUGUUCGAUAGAAUGCCAAAGAGAAAUGAAGUCUCAUGGACAGUAAUGAUUCAGGGGCUUGCAGAAAGUGGUUUUGUUGAAGAAUCUCUUGCAUUGUUUGAAGAAAUGAAAAUAACUUCAUCAAUAGCUCCAAACGAGCUCAUGCUUGUAUCAGUUCUAUUUGCAUGCUCUCACUCUGGAUUAAUUAAUAAAGGACUCCAGUAUUUCAGAUCUAUGGAGGCAGUGUAUGGUAUAAAGCCAAAGGGGAGACACUAUACCUGUGUAGUAGACAUGUUGUCACGAUCAGGACGCCUCUAUGAAGCAGAAGAGUUCAUCAAUAACAUGCCAUUUCAACCUGAAGCUAAUGCAUUUGCGGCUCUAUUAAGCGGUUGUAAGACAUAUAAAAAUGAAGAGAUUGCAGAGAGGACAGCCCAGAAACUCUGUGAGUUGGCAGAGAAAGGCUCGUUUCUCUCUGCAGGAUAUGUCUUGUUGUCAAACAUAUAUGCUUCAGCGGGCAGAUGGGUUGAUGUUUCAAAUAUAAGGAAACUAAUGAAGGAGAAGGGAUUGAAGAAGAGCAGUGGUUGCAGCUGGGUGGAGGUUAAGAACCAUGUACAUUUUUUUCAUUCAGAAGAUGGAACCCACUGGAAAUCACCUGAGGUUUAUGAAAUGUUAGAGCUCUUAAGAUUUGAGAUGGUUCAAUAAAAUAUCUAACAUGAAUUGACAGUUCUGCCUCCAUACAUGCCUUGAGAUGAGGGUUUUUCAAGGAAAUUCAUGCUGCAUCU